UCGACUGGGCCCGCCUCCUGCAGAGGUCACCGCCGCGCUGCCAAUGGCGAAGCACCACCCCGACCUGAUCAUGUGCCGGAAGCAGCCGGGCAUCUCGGUGGGCCGGCUGUGCGAGAAGUGCGACGGCAAGUGCCCGAUCUGCGACUCGUACGUGCGGCCAAACACGCUCGUGCGCAUCUGCGACGAGUGCAACUACGGGUCCUUCCAGGGCCGGUGCAUCAUCUGCGGCGGCCCCGGCAUCUCCGACGCCUACUACUGCAAGGAGUGCACGCAGCAGGAGAAGGACCGCGACGGCUGCCCCAAGAUCGUCAACCUCGGCUCGUCCAAGACGGACCUCUUCUACGAGCGCAAAAAGUACGGCUUCAAGAAGAGGUAACGGACGCUCCCGGCCGCUUGCACCACACGGCACAACGACAUUGCGCGGUGUGGUGCAGACUUGGCCGGGAGAGGGAGGGGGCUGGCGCUUUUGCUGCUGCUUCGGUGGGCGGCAGCUCUCUUCCUGAGGUGGGAGGCGGCGGGGCUUCUGCAGCUAUGCAUGUAUUCGGAUAGAUGGCACGGGCGGCGCCGGGCGGGCGGGCGGCAUGGGGGCGUAUACAGUCACACAUGCCUAUUGUACCGGACCUGUGCACCGGAUCGCGUGCCGGGUCGGAGAGGCAGUCCGAGUGAGAGAGAGAGUUUGGGGGGGUGGGGGGGGGGGGGGG